AUGGAUGUGGGUCAGAUGCGGAGACAAUGGAUGGAGUACAUCAAAUCCUUGUUCGUGGAGGGGUUCUUAGAUGGUCAGUUUCUGCAACUUCAACAGCUACAAGAUGAGAAUAACCCUGAAUUUGUUUUUGAAGUUGUUUCUCUUUUCUUUGAUGACUCUGAGAGGAUUCUCAAAGAUCUGUCUUUUGCUCUGGAGCAGCAAAGUGUUGACUUCAAAAAAGUUGAUGCUCAUGUGCACCAGUUUAAGGGGAGCAGUGCAAGCAUAGGUGCACAAGGGGUGAAAAAUGCCUGCAUUGCUUUCCGCAACUUCUGCGAGGAACAAAACAUAGAUGCUUGCCGCCGAUGUUUACAGCAAGUGAAACAAGAGUACUUUGUUGUUAAGAAUAAGCUUGAAACAUUGUUGAGGCUCGAGCAGCAGAUAGUUGCAGCUGGUGGCUCGAUCCCUACGAUGGAACUGAGUUUUUGA